UUUUCUGCCUGCAUGAGAGGAAGUGUGCCGUUCCUGCCAGGGGAGGGUCCUGGAUUAACUCAGCUCUGUCUGCCUCAUACCAAAAGCUCAGCUGAUAACUGCUGCCGAAGGAUAUAUUGUAGCCAGACUAGCUUCCCAGCUAACACAUAGUCUGGAAGCUACUUUGGUUUAUAUUGACAGACUGCAGUAGAGAGCAAGAGGAGGAGAUUGUUUUCUAUUUCUGUGUGGAGGAGGAGGAAGGGGAGGAGAGAGAAAGAACGCUAACUUCACCAGAGCUGGUGGUUUGUUGCUGUAAGGGGAAAAAAACAGAGUAACGAAGGCCGAGAAAGAGAAAACGAUCUUGUGUCAGGCUAAAUGGCCUGAUGGGAGAGAUAUACAAGGUUUAACGCAGCAUGUCCAUUGGAGCGAAGCACCCAGAGGCCGAGACAGGAUUUGUUCCGAGUGUUCAAGACUUUGAUAAGAAGCUAGCUGAAGCUGAUGCCUACCUACAGAUUCUGAUUGACCAGUUAAAGUUGUUUGAUGAGAAGAUCAAGGAUUGCAAAGAAGAUGAAUCACGCAGAAAAAUUGAAAAUUUGAAAGAGACUACUUGUAGUAUGGUAGAGUCCAUCAAGCACUGUAUCGUACUGCUGCAAAUUGCCAAGGACCAAAGUAACGAACAGCAACACGCAAACGGACUUAUAAGCACCAUCAACCCAGUGGAUGGGAUCUACCAGCCCCCUCUGGAUACUCCUGUAGUCAACACCACGAUGCCAACACAGACCACACUACCAGCAGACGUUUCUCAGGUGUGUAAAUCAGACCAACGACCCUCCACAUUACCUGUUGGUCCUGUUGUCACGGUGAUGGGCAGUCUGCAGACCCCAACUCCCAACAGCACAGGGAGUGGCCCAUCAGGCUCCAGUAGCGGCAUUGCUUCCCCAGCUCACAUCCCCCUCCCCUCGCACUCGGUGCCAGACUUCUCCUACUCCUCCAGCGAGGAUGAGUUCUACGAUGCUGAUGAAUUUUACCAGAGCAGCACUUCCCCUAAACACUGCAUAGAUCCCUCAGGGCCUGCAGCUGCCCCGCCCCUCACUAAUGAAGAAACAGCAUUGAAACGACCAGACACCACUGAGUCCCUCAACUCGUCCAUGUCCAAUGGCACCACAGAUGCAGAUCCGUUUGAUAGCCAUGACGACCGUGAUGAUGAUGGUGAGGGCGAGUCUGUAGAGGAGCACAAGAGUGUCAUCAUGCAUCUGCUCUCUCAAGUUCGUUUGGGCAUGGACCUCACAAAGGUGGUCCUGCCUACCUUCAUCCUAGAGAGGAGGUCUUUGUUAGAAAUGUACGCAGACUUCUUUGCACACCCUGACUUAUUUGUAAGUAUUGCUGAGCAGCCGGAGCCCCGGGAGCGCAUGGUUCAGGUGGUAAAAUGGUACCUGUCAGCCUUCCAUGCAGGGAGGAAAGGCUCAGUGGCCAAGAAACCUUAUAAUCCAAUCCUGGGUGAAGUUUUCUAUUGCCACUGGGAUUUGCCCAGUGAAGCAGAGGAGCCCUCCCCACACACGGAGACGGUGUCAGAGGGCCCAGUUCCCUGGUCUUCAUCCAAUAGUGUGUGUUUUGUGGCAGAGCAGGUCUCUCACCACCCACCCAUUUCUGCAUUCUACGCAGAGUGUUUAAAUAAGAAGAUCCAGUUCAACGCUCACAUCUGGACUAAGUCUAAGUUCUUAGGCAUGUCCAUAGGUGUCCACAACAUUGGCCAAGGUUGUGUGUCGUGUUUGGAGCAUGAUGAACAUUACAUCCUCACCUUCCCUAACGGAUACGGCAGGUCGAUUCUGACUGUGCCAUGGGUGGAGCUGGGUGGGGAGUGCAACAUCUCCUGCUCCAAGUCGGGCUACAGUGCUAACAUCGUGUUCCACACCAAACCCUUCUACGGAGGAAAGAAGCACAGGAUCACUGCUGAGAUUUUUGCACCUAAUGAUAAGAAGUCUUUCUGCUCCAUUGAAGGGGAAUGGAACGGAGUGAUGUAUGCUAAGUGGGCAACUGGAGAGAACACAGUGUUCAUAGAUACUAAAAGGAUGGGUAUCAUCAAGAAGAAAGUGAGAAAGCUGGAAGACCAACUCGAGUAUGAGUCCCGAAGAUUGUGGAGAGAUGUGACGCUGAACCUGAAACUGAAAGACAUUGAUGCAGCAACAGAAGCCAAACACCGGUUGGAGGAGAAACAGAGAGCCGAAGCAAGAGAUAGGAAGGAGAACGAGCAGCAGUGGGAGACUAGGCUAUUCCAUGAGGAUGGGGAGUGCUGGGUCUACGAUGAUCCUCUAUUAAAGAGAUUAGCCUCUCAGAGGCACUGAGAAGACUACGCACACUCUGAUACACACACAUACAUAUGCAUAAAGAAAUGCACACACAGCAGAGUCUUCAUAAGAACUCUUUUGCAAAACCACUUCUUAUCCAAGCCUUGGAAUGACUGAUGAUUGAAUAUGUACACAGCUUUGCAUUUGACUGUAAAACAACCAUAUGGAAAUGAAUGAAAUCAAAUGGAAAAGCAUCAAAGAUGUAACAUGAAAAUUAGUAAACCUCCUCUCCUUAUUUGGGCAAUCUCACUUCCACCGCCACCGAUACCCGCCAACAUGAGACUCGGCAGCGCAGAGUGGAGACGGGAGCGCCGAUGCAUCUCGUCUCUCGACUCUGUCCGUCAGCUUCACGACCACACCCAUCAUCAGCUCCACACGACAGAGCAGCACUCAUUUCCCAACACACUGGUUUUUUUUGGGGGGGUUGUAAAGGGGUGUGUGGUUGAUGGUGUUCAAAUCAAAUAAACCUUGACAAACAAAACAGCGCUCUACAUCUCAGGGAAUCUGGUGACUGAGGAAAAAAAGCUGCUGCCCCCUCUGAGAGUCUGACAGCCUUAUAACGGUGGAACGGAUGAAUCUUAAAGGGGCGGGGGAGAAAUUCUCUGCUUGCCUGCAACUAAUUAUAACUGUUGUUUAUAUAUAGAUAUGAUAUACAUAUGAUGGAUAUAUGAAUAUAUAUUCUUUUUUUAUUUUCAACGUUCUUUUUUUUUUUCUUUUUUUUCUGGCAAUAGUGUAAAAUAUUUGAGGAUAUGAACUUGAUGGCUUUACAUCUUUAGCAAUCAUUCCAUUUACCCAUUUGAUUAAGUUAACAUCUAUUUGGUCCUUCACACUGUUCUGUGUCCCAAGUGUUAUCCAGAAGCAAAGCCCUGCAUAACCCAUAGUAUAGGUUUAUGGAAUAUAUGCAAUGUAGAUAGAAAUAAUUUACGUUGCCAGUCAAAAGGACAAAUUUGGUUGUCCAUUAUGCCAAAAAGGUUUAAAGAAAAGGCAAAAGGGACUUUGAUCUGGACAGAGAACAAACAAUCCUCUAAAAAUGUUUCCAUGUUACCUGAAGGCAUUUAUGAACAAAUGAUUGUUUACAUAUUUUUGUCUUUUCUGGAUCACUGGUCCACAAUGAGGACGUAAAGCUAGGACUGAGUCUGUGAAGUCUCCCUUUUGUUCUGCACAUCACCUAUCUUGGUAUCCUCUCCAAAAUCCCUGAUGUCUGAGUGGACCACUUUGACGUCCAUUCUUCGUGUUGUCAGAGGGUGAGGAGAGUGAAAAUGAGGAGCCAGACUGUUCUACCGGUUCAGUUGUCUUGUAAUAUUAAUUUUUUGUCCAAUGUUUUUCAAGAUAAGAACCACAUAGAGGGCAAUAUUUAUCCUACUGUACACCUAUGCUUUUUCGAACCAUCAUUCAUUCUCUUAUUUACAGCUACAUGGGUUGGAUCUAAAUGAGGCAUAUUUGGAUGAGAUACAAAAAUAAACAAUUUUCACCUGAAAAUGCCUGGGAAUAUCUCUCAAUGCUGUAGCAAGCUCGUAACAGCCCUCCCGUGUUAUUUUUGUGUGCAAUUUCAUUAUUUUGUCUCAUAGAUAUUUGGCCAUUACAUUAAGUAAGCUGAUUGAUUCAGAUGAAUCGUAAAGGACCUUUAGAAUUCAAUUAAUUGGUGAAGGGAUCUAUAAAGCCACAUUCCUGGUGUUGUAAGCGCAUCCAGUCACACACUAGGUGAAAAUAAAUGCCUGUGUAUGUGGUGUGUUUGCUGCUUUGGACUUUAAUCCUCCUCUAAAGCAGACAAAAAUGCCUUUAGAAACAAGCCAAAUUAAAUUGAGUCCAAGCUAAAUUUAAAGUUAUUAUUUUGUUUUUUCCUCCAUGUUUUGUCUUUGUAAAUUAUAUUGAAUCGAGGCCUUGCCAUACAUUUCAGUAUCACUCAGUAUCGCCUGAUAGAGAGCAAUCAAAACAAAUGUAUUUUUUAUUUCCUUCUGAUCAUAACCAUUGAUUGUAUCAGAUCCUCCUGUUUAUUGAUGCAUAAUAUUAAAUCUCCAUGAGUUUAUUCCUGUGA